AGGCCCACCUCACCACGCAGUGUUUGUGGCCCUCGGGAUGUGACUCAAGCCCAGUCAGGUCUCCUGGGAUCGGGGCCUGUGUCAGGACAGAUGGGCUUGUGUCUCGUGUGUUCACAUGCUCAGCUUGAGACACACAACCCAAGUCACUUCAUUUGGACGCAGAGAGAACACACACUGAAGCAUGUGUGUGUUCACUUUCCCUUGAAGCAGCAUUUGGUCUCGGAGUGUGCCCACCUGAGCAAGGGCCGUGCGUGGGACACUGAUUCCUGGAGAGGCAAAUUGUUUACAGCACGUCUGGCCUUCUGUCUGGGCGGGUAGACGCUUCUGCUACACCUGCUCCCACAGCAAAGGGGCUGGAACUAUAGUACAGCGGGGAGGGCACUUGACUCGUGUCCGGCCAACCUGGGUUCAAUCCCCAGCCUCCCAUAUGGUCCCCUAAGCCCACCAGGAGUGAUCUCUGAGCUCAGAGCCAGGAGUAAGCCCUGAGCACUGCUAGGUGUGACCCCAAACAAACAGAAUUCCACAGAGGAAGCAUUCUACAUAGACGCCAUUUGCUUCUUGAGAUAUGCUUGGAUUUUAGGCAUCAGAAAAAUCAGUAUUUGAACUGCACUGCAUAUGUGGGGCAGAAGAGGAACAGCUAGGAGGGAGAACGUCAGAAGUAUCUCCAUGGGGAGGGGGAUAGUCAGUGGGUAGAGUGCUUGCCUUGCACAUCCUCGUUAAAUCCCCAGAACCCUGAGUCCCCCCCCCGAGUGGUAUGGAGCAGAACUCUCUGCAGCCCCCAAACAAAAAUAGCACCGUAGGCUGGAGAGCUAGUAGGGUGAAUAGGGCGCUCUCUGCACGCUGCCAACCCCAAUUGCCAAUCCCUGGUACCACAUACGGUCCCCCGAAGCCCUGCCAAAAGUGAUCCCUGACACACAGCCGGGAGUAAAUCCUGAGCAGAGCCAGGUGUGCCCCCCACCCCACCACCACCAAAGGAAAAAAAAAAGAUAAGAAAAACAGCUCCUUUCACUCCUGGGCAGAGCUGGGAAGGAGGGGCUUCUCAGUGAGCUCUGGCCCAUUCUGGCUCAGCCCUCAGUGAAAUUGGAUUAUGAUUUCAUCAUCAUAUUCUCAACUAUCUUUGUUCCCUCUCUGUUGUCUGAUUGAGUGAACUGUCACUAGGAGAAAGUGUUUGCAUUGAGGACACCCAGGUUUAAAAAUUUUUUAAAAACUUUUGAAAAGAUGAGCAGGAAAAAAGUAUUCCAGGAGAUGGAGUAUGAGGAAAAAUGUGGGUCCUAGAACGAGGACACCACAUAAGCCAGUUGUUGACAAUGAGAUCUUGUUAUAUUCGCUCCUGUUGUUUGGUGACAUAUGCCAGUCAAUACAGAAAAAGAUAAUGUACAAGUCUGAGAUCUCUGGCUUUGGUGAAUACACGUGAACUUCAGAUCCUGUCUCUCAGCUUCACUUACUGUGGGGCUAAUAAAGUACCUGCCUGGGUGGCGGCCAGCGGCUACCGGGACGCGUCCCCGUGGAGGCUGGGCGGAGGGGUGGGAGCCAGCCUGUGUUAAUGGCCUCUCGCUGUAGGAUGAGGCUCCAGACCUCAGCCACGGCCUCUUAUUGGGACCCAGAAGCCCUGCCCGUGGCCAGUUGUCUCUGGGGGAGCAAUUACUACCCACUGGCUUCCUGCGCGGCUCGAUAAUGCUCUGCGCCUGUCUUCGGCAGGCUGCGGCCGGGGGAUGAUUUGAUAAUAAGAGCGCCUGAUCAAAUUAAGGAGCCAUUUGCUUCUGCAUGAUGAUGCUGAUAAAGGGGGUGCUGUCCCCUCUGCCUGCUUUCUGAAAGGUCAGAAACCAGUGGUUACCGGCAGACGACAGGACAGGACGCGAACUAUCGAGGAGCACCCCGGAGUGGUGACGUGGGGAAGGGCCCUCGCGCGGGCCCCUUCUGGCUCCUUCUGCCUCGCAUUUGAAGGAGUCCGAGUUGGGAGCGGGCAGGCAGAAGGGGCGGGAGGCCGGAGAGGGCACCUGCCCCGCUGGACGGCCAGCCCGGGCCCUGGGCAGCCCCGCGGACGGCCGCGCUCGCUGACACCGCAGUGUUUGCUGUCAGGGGACGGCCGCGGUGGGGAUGUCGAUCGCGAUGACGUGAGCCCGGUGGGGCGAGCCCCUGGCAGGCGUCCGGAAAGCAAGACCAGACUCGAAGUAGCCCCCCGGGUGCCGCUGGCCCGGCCCCUGCGAGGGCGGCGCCUGGGCAGGGCUGCCGGCGCCCUGGCCGUCCGUCCGGGAGCGGCUGCGGGCAGCGCGGGGACCGCGUGCGGGCUGUGGCCGGCCCCUCGCUGACCGACGCCUCGCUGUGGAGGGAGGGCAGCCGCUCGGAGGGUCCAGCCCGCGGAGACGCCGGAGCGCUCCCGGGACCCCAGCGCAGGGCGAUGCCGGCCUCCACCGUCCACGUGCUGCAGCUGCUGCGGGAGCUGCUGGCCUUCGUGCUCCUCAGCUACACGGUGCUCCUCGGGGCGCUGCUGCUGGCCGGCUGGACCACCUACUUCCUGGUGCUGAAGUGACAGCGCCCCCGGCCGCGCCCCGCCGCGCGCCGCCCCCGCCCCGCGAGCCCGAGAACGACCCCGC